AUCAGUGGAAGCGAACACUCGCCGAAAUUUGAAAACAUCCUUUAGCUUGGUAGCUUUCGGUUGGUGGCGAUAGUCUGGCUCAAGAUAAAGUUACUGACGUUUAUUUGAACGCUAAAUACAAUGGAACAGCUAAACGAAGAGGACAUCAAAAUGUAUUUUUAUGAGAACAGACUGAAAACUUUCGAGGGGUGGCCUUUCGACGAGGACUGCUCGUGUACUCCGGAGAACAUGGCGAAAGCUGGCUUCAUUCACACCCCUUCUGAGAACAGCCCAGACAUCGCCAUGUGUUUCUUCUGCCUCAAAGAGCUGGAGGGCUGGGAGCCAGAGGAUGACCCACAAAAGGAGCACAAAUCUCAUUCACCGUCCUGUCACUUCAUCGCCCUGAAGAAGACAGUAGAGGAGCUGAGUGUGGAGGAAUUCUUCAAACUUCAGAAAGAAAGACACAAGUUCAUCAUUAACAAAUCCUGUAACGAGGCCAUCACCAAGUUUGAAGAGGCAGCCAAAUUGAGAAGAGCAGAUAUCAUCAAGACAGCAAUGGGUGAAGAGUGACAUGAGAAUAGAUGCAGAUGAAUGAAAUGGGCGGCGUGCGAGAGAGUAAUUGUGGCUGACUGACUGGUUUCUCACUGAGCUUAUUUCCACGUUUCUGUCAUGUUUUCUUUGUAACACUGUACAUCUGUCAUCUUUUAAUGUUCUCUGUCUUUAUGUUUACUGUUUUUAUACAUUAAAUUUGUUCUUUCUGGUUACUUUUA